UUGGCUCAAAGUCCACAGGCUCUUACCCAGGGAAGACUACUAGGACAUGGUAACAUUUGUCUCCGCUGCGGACGCUCUCUAGCUGCACAAGUCAGUCAUGCACUUCAUAAGAACACUAUUCGUGAAUCAAGAAUUUAUAAUGUGAUACAAGAAUGGAUUAUUCCUUGUGAUAUUGAAGCGACGAGUCAUAUAUGUCACAAAUGUUGGAUGGCUGCAGACAGAGCGUCUGUCCAAAUGACCUGGGGCCCGUCAACAUCAUUGGGACAAGACAGUCCUCAAAUAGUUGAACCACAUGAAGAAGAUCUUCCUGAUGUGUCUCCAAAUGCAGGAGUUAGCAGCAACCAAGCAGUACCUUCUAUUAUUUUGUCUGAGUACAUGAGAGCUAUUGAAACUGAAAGAAGGUGCUUCAUUGAAGGAUGCCGAGGAACAGAAAGAUACAGAGUACAACUUACUACUCAUAAAAUGUUAUUUAAUGAAUAUAAAUAUUACAUCCCUCAAAAUAACCGUCUUUGUGCUCAACAUUUGGUUAUCGAAGCAUGGGAUUUACUGGAUAGUUUGACAUCCAAUUAUGUUCAGACAUUUACUGAGAGACAUAUUUAUGAUAUGAUGUCUCUAAGAGUAAAUAAAUAG